CUCGACUCGUAACAUUCACGUCUCGCAAUGUCUGUCUGAGAAUUAUCACACCGAGUCUGUCAGGCCCUACACAUGAAUUAAGGACUUCAAAUCGUAUUUCGAUUCAGCAAAACUCCAUUUGGUAGAGCACAGAGCUCACAAACAGCCGAAUGCAAACGAUGUCAGUGGUCGAGUCCUAAUGAAAUGAAGACGACACGGCUUUUAUACGCGACGGAAGAGUGUGCUGUUUUUAAGACUGAAGUCUGUCGGCACAUCAGGCAUUCUGGAAGAAAUCUUGAAGCUGGGUUGUUUCAUUGAUGUUCAUAAGGAGACAUGAGGAAGUGCAGUCCAUGGAUGUUUCUGCCUGUAAUGUUUUCUUUCUUCACAGCCGCAGGCCUUUGGGUCGUGUAUUUCAUUGCUGUGGAGGAUGAAAAAAUCACACCACUCAGUUCAGAGUACAAGAGGUCGGAAUCAAAAUCUCCUCCAUAUAUCAGCAUUGCAGGCAAUGCUCCACCUGCCAGCUGUGUGUUCAGUCAAGUCAUGAACAUGGCAGCCUUUGUAGGCUUCAUUCUUGGAGUACUGCGGUAUCUGCAGCUCAAACCCAGAGUCCACAAACCCUGGCUCAACAUCGGCAGUCUGGUGGCUUUGUCUCUGGCUUGCUUCGGGAUGACUCUUGUUGGCAAUUUCCAGCUUUCCAAUGAUGAGGAGCUGCACAACAUUGGCACGUCCAUGACCUUUGGCCUGGGAACGCUCUUCUGCUGGGUGCAGUCUUUCAUGACCCUUAAGGUGAACCUGCGCAAUGAAGGCAAGCGUGCAGGAAUCCCCCGCUUCCUGCUGUCCGGCGCCGUAACUUCCUGCAUGCUGCUCUAUUUUGCUCUGAUGGCUCAGCGGCUCCACAUGCACGCUGCCCGGGCCCAGUGGGCGCUGGUUAUGUUUUUCCUCACAUACCUGGGCACGUUCGCCAUCGAGUUUCGCCACUAUCAUUUUGAGAUUGUUUGUAGCGACGACCAGGACCCUCCACUCAGCCUGUCGGAAAGCUUCUCGGAGGUCUCAGAGUAUCAGUCUGACCAACUAUAAUCUCUUUUUUACUGUUUCUGUCAGACCCUCGUUCUUCCAGUGUUUUUUCGACUUAUGUCAUGCAUGUAAACCGAAUGUAAUCUCUAUAGAAUUACUUUUGGAUGGGUUUGUUUUUCUGAAUGUGUAGAUAGACUUUUGCAAAAGCGACAAACUCAUAAAAUGCACAACCAUUUACUGUGAUGCGCUCUGCGUUUAUGUGAAGUAACCAGGACUUUUUGAAGAAGAUCAAACUACAGUGACAGGUUUUAAUUCAUUCAUUCUUUAAAAGAUAUUGAUUAUUAAACAGAAUGCUAGCCCAAAAAUGAACAUGGUCCUUAAUUGUCGUUCCAAACCAGUAAGAUCUUCAUUUAUCUUCGUAAUAUUCUACAUUAACACAUUUUUUGAUGAAAUGCAAGAGCUUUCUGAUCCUCUACAUUACAAUAAAAAAA